AAAUUUCAAAGAAAAAAGUAGUGGAGGAAGAGGAAGAAUAGCCACGUUAAGUUUUCUAGCAAGCAAACGUUUUCUUGAAAAUAUGGUUUCACUCAGCGGAAAAAAUGAUGUAUUUUUUGAGGACGACGAUCUACCUUAUGAAGAGGAGAUCAUCAGGAACCCAUACUCAGUGAAGUGCUGGAUGCGGUACCUUGAAUUCAAACAGAAUGGACCAAAAUCCACCCUCAAUAUGAUAUACGAACGGGCUCUGAAAGAACUGCCUGGAAGUUACAAGCUGUGGUACAACUACCUGAGAGAAAGACGGAAACAAGUCAAAGGGAAAUGCAUCACUGAGCCAGUCUAUGAAGAGGUCAAUAAUUGCCAUGAAAGAGCACUGGUGUUUAUGCAUAAGAUGCCCAGAAUAUGGCUGGAUUACUGCCAGUUCCUUGUGAGUCAGAGUAAGAUCACACGAAGUCGGCGAACAUUUGACCGUGCACUCAGAGCACUUCCUGUUACACAACAUCCACGCAUUUGGCCCCUGUAUCUCCGCUUUGUCCAUAACCUGCCCCUGCCUGAAACAGCCAUCCGGGUGUAUCGCAGGUACCUUAAGCUGUCUCCAGAGAAUGCAGAAGAAUAUAUAGACUACUUGCGGUCUGUUGGCCGCCUGGAUGAAGCAGCUGUUCGACUUGCAGCUGUUGUCAAUGAUGAAAACUUUGUAUCCAAAGAGGGAAAGUCGAACUACCAAUUGUGGCAUGAGCUGUGCGACCUGAUCUCUCAGAAUCCCGAUAAGGUGACCUCUCUGAAUGUAGGGGCCAUCAUUCGCGGAGGCCUCACACGCUUCACAGACCAACUUGGCAAACUUUGGUGCUCCUUAGCUGACUAUUACAUCAAGAGUGGCCACUUUGAGAAGGCCCGUGAUGUUUAUGAAGAGGCCAUUCUCACUGUGGUGACAGUCAGGGAUUUUACACAAGUGUUUGAUCGUUAUGCCAAGUUUGAGGAGAACAUGAUUGCUGCCAAAAUGGAAACCACUGCUGAGCUGGGGCAGGAUGAAGAUGAUGACAUCGACUUGGAGCUUAGGCUAGCACGCUUUGAACAGCUGAUAACACGGCGCCCUCUUCUGUUGAACAGUGUGCUACUGCGGCAGAACCCUCAUAAUGUCCAUGAGUGGCAUAAACGGAUCAAGCUAUAUGAGGGCAACCCACGGCAAAUCAUCAACACAUACACUGAGGCUGUGCAGACUGUGGAUCCAAUGAAGGCCACAGGGAAGCCUCACUCUCUCUGGGUUUCCUUUGCAAAGUUCUAUGAAGAAAAUGAGCAGCUGGAUGAUGCCAGGACUAUUUUUGAGAAAGCUACUAAGGUGAACUACAAGCAGGUUGAAGACUUGGCCAAUGUGUGGUGUGAAUAUGGAGAGAUGGAGCUACGCCAUGAAAACUAUGAGCAGGCGCUGCGCAUACUGAGGAAAGCUACAGCCAUCCCAUCCAAGAAAGCUGAAUACUUUGAUGCAUCUGAGCCUGUCCAGAAUAGAGUCUACAAGUCCUUGAAGGUCUGGUCCAUGUUGGCUGACUUGGAGGAAAGCCUUGGCACCUUCCAGUCUACAAAGGCAGUCUAUGACCGGAUUAUUGACCUUCGCAUUGCCACACCACAGAUCAUCAUGAACUUUGCCAUGUUCCUUGAAGAGCACAACUACUUUGAAGAGAGCUUCAAAGCGUACGAGCGUGGUAUUGCUCUCUUCAAAUGGCCAAAUGUUUAUGACAUUUGGAACACUUACCUCACCAAAUUCAUUGGUCGUUAUGAGGGCAAGAAGCUGGAAAGAGCACGAGAUUUAUUUGAACAAGCCCUGGAUGGUUGUCCACCCAAGUUUGCUAAGACCAUUUACCUGCUGUAUGCUAAAUUGGAAGAGGAGUAUGGAUUAGCGCGGCAUGCCAUGGCUGUCUAUGAAAGAGCAACGCAGGCAGUGGAAACGGAUGAGAGGCAUCACAUGUUCAAUAUCUACAUCAAGAGAGCAGCUGAAAUAUACGGGGUCACAUAUACCAGAGCGAUUUACCAGAAAGCUAUUGAGGUCCUCCCAGAUGAAUAUGCCAGAGACAUGUGCCUGCGUUUUGCUGACAUGGAGAGUAAACUGGGAGAGAUUGACCGGGCCAGAGCCAUCUACUCCUACUGCUCAGAGUUCUGUGAUCCAAGGGUGACUGCUAAAUUUUGGCAGACCUGGAAAGAAUUUGAAAUCCGCCAUGGAAAUGAGGACACUAUUAGAGAAAUGCUGAGACUCAAACGCAGUGUCCAGGCCACAUACAACACACAGGUCAACUUCAUGUCUUCUCAGAUGCUGAAAGCCACAACAAGUUCCACCGGCACUGUGUCAGAUCUUGCUCCUGGUCAAAUGGGGAUUGAUGAUAUGAAGAUGUUGGAACAAAAGGCACAACAGCUUGCUGCAGAGGCUGAGAAGGACAAACCAAAGCCUCGAGAGAAAGUUCUUUUUGUCAGGAGUGAUACGUCCCUCAGCGAGCUGGCUGAACUUUCUAAACAAGCUAAUCCUGAUGAGAUUGACAUCGAUGAUGAUGAUGAAGCUGAUGAAGACCAAGGUCCAGAGGAGGUGCAGCUUGAACAGAAGAGUGUUCCCUCGGCUGUCUUUGGAGGUCUUAAAGAUGACUGAAAUGUGGCAACAACAGAAUUUUGCAAACAAAAAUUCAUUGGAAUAUCCCCUGUAGUCAUAUAAUUGGUUAUGUGAAUUCUAAAUAAUUCUGUAAAUAUUCACUUAUAGUCUGUAUAUUUUAAUAAAAUCUGAGAGAUGUACUUGAAAA